AUUUAAUAGAAAAUGUUUACAUAGCUUCGAGAAGCAGGAAGGAGCCCAAGUGCCCCCAGGCCAGCGAGGUCCCCGAGCACAGGCCGCAGGUGAACAGCAUUACUGUUUCUAAGAAACGCAGCUGGCUGCAGCAGAGCACACACAGACGACCUUCUCCUCUGGAAGAAGAAAAUGCCUGUAAGGAAAUGCACGGGGCUGUUAUCCAGGUACCCAAAUCUCCCAUCCUGCUGCCUGAACCUGCAGUGCCAUGGGCUCCCUCCACAUCCCCUGCGCGAGGCUGUGCCCUGCCGAGCACCACGAGCCCCACUGCGCUGAGGAGCACUGCUCUGGACUUGGGGGAGGAUAACGACACGGACGAUGAAGGAGAAAUAUGGUACAACCCUAUCCCUGAAGAUGAUGAGCCUGACUUGCCAGGGGUCCGCCCUGCUGCUGUGAAGAGCCUUGUUGCCGUGGGCUCCCCGUCAGUUCGGUACAAGCCCCACCCUGGAGGUGACUCUGGGAUGGCCUUAAGUCCCCAUGAGGGUCCCACACGCUCCGUGGAGGGCACCGGGAACGGUCAGAUGGUGCAGCGCAGUGAAGCGAGUCAGGCUGAUGGUGUGCAUCCCGGGGAGCAUAUGCAGGAGCACCGACCAAGGUUUGCCUGCAAGGCUCCAGGUGUGCAGGCAGCAGAUGACAAUCCUGCCUUUAAGUGCCCUUCAGCAGGGUCUGGAGCUGCUCUUGCGCACAAGGCUGAUAUACCCUCCACAGAGGUUUCUCCUCCAAGUCCCAAUCCUCUGAAAAAAAGUGGAUCAAUCAACUGGCCUUUCCCUGAUAGAAUUAAGUCACCCAGGACUGUGAGGAAGCUUUCCAUGAAAAUGAAAAAACUGCCAGAGCUGAGCAGAAAGCUGAGUGUCAAGGGAACUUCAAGCCAUACUUCAGAUAAUGCUCCUUCCCUGCUGAAAGGUAGCUGCCGGGAUACAAGCCAUACAGUGUCUUUGCCAUCUUCUGGAACUUCAGCAGUGAUAAGUCGUUACCAUCUCGACAGCAGCGUGUCAUCCCAACACACCUACAAAAAGAAAAGCUCAAGGAGCUCCAAAUCCUUCAACAAAGGUGGUUACCUCAGUGAUGGUGACUCUCCUGAACUUAUAACAAAAUCAGGUAAACACAGGCAUGAAAGCAAAUGUGGGAAAGGAAAGGAGAGCCUUCCAAGUAACAGCAGUAAAACUGAAAUAGAUAUCGAUGCCUUCAGACACUACAACUUUUCUGAUCAACCCAAGUGCUCUCAGUACAUCUCUGGACUCAUGAGCAUUCACUUUUAUGGUGCUGAAGACUUAAAACCACCACGAAUAGACUCAAAAGAUGUCUUUUGUGCAAUACAGGUUGACUCAGUAAACAAAGCAAGAACUGCCCUGCUUACAUGUAGGACAGCAUUUCUAGAUAUGGACCACACAUUCAACAUAGAAAUUGAAAAUGCUCAGCACUUAAAGCUGGUGGUGUUCAGCUGGGAACCCACCCCAAGGAAAAAUCGAGUAUGUUGUCAUGGAACUGUGGCUCUUCCCACUCUCUUUCGAGUCACCAAAUCGCAUCAGCUGGCUGUCAAACUGGAACCGAGGGGGCUUAUUUAUGUCAAGCUGUCUCUCAUGGAGCAGUGGGAGAACUCUCUCGAUGGCCUUGGUGCAGAUCGGGAGCCUGUGAUGUUUGGGGUAGAUGCCCGAAAAGUAGUGGAGAAGGAAAAUGCAGGCUUGAUGGUGCCACUUCUGCUGCAGAAAUGCAUUCUGGAGAUUGAAAAGAGAGGCUGUCAGGUGGUAGGACUGUACCGGUUGUGUGGCUCAGCCGCCGUUAAGAAAGAGCUUCGAGAGGCAUUUGAGAGGGACAGCAAGGCUGUUACCCUCUGUGAGAGCCAGUACCCAGAUAUUAAUGUCAUAACAGGUGUCCUGAAGGAUUAUCUGCGAGAGCUGCCCUCUCCCCUGAUAACCAAGCAGCUCUACGAAGCAGUGUUGGAUGCCAUGGUGAAAAAUCCCUUGAAAAUGACAGCAAGUGGUUGUGAGAAUGACCCAAGUGACUCUGAGCACACAGCAGCCCUUCUGGAUUGCCUGCCAGAUGUUGAGAAGGCUACCUUGAAGAUGCUGCUGGAUCACCUGAAACUGGUGGCUUCUUACCACGAAGUAAAUAAGAUGACCUGCCAGAAUUUAGCUGUAUGUUUUGGGCCUGUGUUACUGAGCCAGAGGCAGGAGACCACCAACCACAACAACAGAGUCUUCACAGACUCAGAAGAACUUGCUAGUGCCCUGGACUUCAAAAAGCACAUAGAGGUUCUUCACUAUUUACUCCAGUUGUGGCCAGUUCAUCACGUGCCUGCCAAAGAACCAGCCCAUCUGAAUGCAUUUCCUGAGCACCCAUCCUCCCUGAAUUACCUGAGACCCAAGAGGCAGAGACCUCAGAUGCUGAAUCUCAGUGGUACCGAGAUGUCUGGGGUACUCAGACCAAGGCCAGCAGGUCUAGACAGCCCAUCGAGCAACCGCUACGCUGGGGACUGGAGCAGUUGUGGGGAGAACUACUUCUUAAACCCCAAAGACUGCCUGAGUGAAGCAGACUACGAUGAUGUCCCUUCAGAAGAUACAGAGAGUGGGGAUGACAGCAGCAAAGCUGAGGAGAUGGAAGCCCCAGGAGGACACCCUCAGCCCAUCCCCAGAGAUCACACCUUUCAGAGCUAUCUGACAGUGCAAGCAAUAGACUCUGCGGUGGAUCACAGAGCAAACCUCAAAGAUCUGCAGGAAAGUAUUGAUACGCUGAUAGGAAACCUGGAAAGGGAACUCAAUAAAAACAAGCUGAACAUGAGUUAUUAA